GGACAUGGCAGUGUUGAGGGGCAGGGGCAGUGGGGUGAAGUGAGCGAGUGGGCGCGGAUUGAGCGCAUGUGCCCGCCGCCCUUGGGUAGAGAUGGUGGUGGCAGCGUGUUUGCCUUGCAUCGUCAUGGGGUCGCCUGGGGGCCCGGUUUGCGAAGCGGGGCAGCAGGGAGUAGCGAGCAGACAGUAGUGGCACGUUUGGAACACGUCGCAGUCGCUGCAGUUGCCAGGGACUGGGUGAGGGCAGUGGGCAUGGUGGUGCCUACCGCCGGCAUGUCUGGAGUUGCUCCUGUUGGCCCUGGUCUUGGUGGGCAGGCCGUUGUCUUCGCAGCAUGGGUGCAGCAGAGCAGAGAGGAGGGGGAGAGGGCAGCAGCAGGGAGUGGUGUGGGAAAGGCCACUGCACAACCCCGAGUGGCACAGCCGCAGGAUGCCAGGCAGGCUCCGAACCCUGGCAUCCCGGCCGCUCACUCGGAGUUCAAAAAACAUGUUGAUCGUCUCAUCUGUCCUGUGGCAAUCAACAUGUAUUCCCCCUCUGCUAUAAAUCUCUAUAAAUUCUUGCAAACCCUUCCCACAGUGCAUAAAAUGGCAUACAAAGAAACACCUUUACCCAGGGCUCUGGAGCAUGACUUCUGGCCAGAUGUGCUGGAAGUUGUCAAUCACCCCAAAGUGGCCCAUUUGGUGGGCAUGGGCAAGGUCUAUGUAGCUCUUGAGGACACUUCUCCCAAGGCUAUGACCAAGCUCUUCAAUGCUGCCAAGGAUGCUACCAUCCCAGGUCAUUCUCCUGACCAGUUGCUUGCUGCUGGUGGUCUUUGCUUGGAGGCUGGGGACUUUCUCUUCUCCAGAGACAUGCAUGGUCCCCAUGACCCCAUGGAUGAUCUCACCCAGGCUAAAGAUGACCUCCUUGGCCCUAAGGAGGACAGGACAGCCAGUCCUGCUGUUCAGCAGGGGGACAACACUUGGUCAGGUGGUGUCCAGUGGGAGCGUAGUGACCUUACCACUCCUGUGACAGGUUCCAAGCAUAGCUACACCCUUGGUACCACCCAUCAGAUCCAGUGUAAGGUGGCUAACCCUGCAAAGGGUGCCAAAAUCUUCCUAGAUGGCCUCACUUGGCAUCACAAACUGCGCAAGUGUGCGCUUCAGGCUUCUAUCAAGGUGGGCAUCAAGUGUCUGGAGUGGGGUACUUCUGACAUGGCCCUGAACCUGAAGUGUAAUGCUGAGGUACACAAUGUCCAGCCUAUUGGCUGUGAUGAUGCUAGUGGUAUAGUCAACUAUGUGUUUCCCACUGUACAAAUAAACAUCUCCAGCACUAAGAAGCUGGAUGAUGAUGCCUUACAGUCCUUCCAGCAGGACUUGGGUCAAUUUGGCAGUGUUCACACUGACCACAACAACUCUCAGGCAGGGCUCACAUGCAUGAUCAACCAUCCUGACCUUGAGGAUGGUGAUCAGGCUGGAGUCUUUGUUCUGAUGGAGCUGGGCUUCUUUGUGAAGCAGGACAGCCUCACACUUGCUGUCUUCAGUGGUUUGCACUGGCAUAUAGGCUCUCCUCCUACCUCUGCCACCCCCUCUCCUUCUUCUAUGGCUGUAUUGAAAGGCAACACAGGGAGCAGUUGCACAGCACAAGCACUGAAGAACUGA